AUGACAUUUAAAAAAAUAUUUUUAAUAUUUUUAAUAUUGUUCAAAUGCUUAUUUUUAGUAAAUUCAACUCCAGCCGACCCAAGAUAUGUACAUGCCACCGUUGUGGUUAACAAUAAUUUAUAUGUUAUGGGUGGUAUAUCUAAUGGUCUACCAUCAAGAGAAUUUUUUUUGCUUGAUUUAUCACAACCAUUUGAUGCAACAACUCCACCAUGGAAGGACUUAACCACAACUUCACCAUUGCCAGUAUUAAUAUCAUGGGCUAAAGCUAGUUCCAACACAAAUAAUGAUACAAUAUUUUUAUUUGGAGGUGUUAUGAAUGAUACUGUAACUGGUGAUUAUAAUUUGAAAAAUAUGGUUUACACCCAUGAUUUAAAAACCAAUCAAUGGUUAGUAAACCCACCUGCUUUUCAAGGAGUGCCACCUGAAACACGUAGAGAUUUUGCAAGUGUUAGUGAUCCAUUGACUGGCAAAUUAUAUAUUCAUGGUGGAGCACAUGAUUUUAGUAUCCCUACUAGAGUUUUUUUUAAUGACUUUUUUAUUCUGGAUGGAAAUAAUUUAUCCUGGAGUCAAAUUGGAAAAACUGGUCCAAAUAUUCCACCUUCUAGAAUUGACCAUGCUGCUGUAUUAAUUGCUAAUGGAGUAAUUGUUUUUAUUGGUGGAAGAGAAUAUUCUAUUACUCCUAAGGCUUCUCUAACUGCAGUUCCCAUGAAUAAGCUUACAUUAUAUGAUACUAAAACUGAUACUUGGGAUUUAAUGACUACAGUGGAUGGUCUAGAUAUUGAAACCCGCGUUGGACAUACAGCUGUAUAUGCUGCUAAUGGUCAAAUAAUAGUCUAUGGAGGAAUUACACCUGAUACAGAAAUAGCACCUACUCCUGAAUUAGCUAAAUUUGAAGGUUUUUUCUCUAAGGGUCAAUCAUCAAAAGAAAUUUUUUCUCUUGAUUUGUCGCAAACAUUUGAUGCAACAACUCCACCAUGUAAGGAUUUAACUGCAACUUUUCCAUUGCUAGUAUUAAUAUCAUGGGCUACAGCUAGUUCUAACACUAAUAAUAAUAAAAUAUUUUUAUUUGGUGGUGAAUUUGUUUAA